GUUCAACGCUGCAGCAAUAAUUUAAAGAUAAAUACCGAUAAAAUGAAACUAAUUAUCCUUGCUUUUGCCUUAAUUGGUUGCGUGGCCGCCCAAUUUGACUCCGCCACACAAGGCCCAAAUCCACAGGAUAUUGCCACACCAGAACCCGAAUACAUCGACAUCGAUGAGCCGCCACCAGCGCCUGUUGCCGCACCAAUUCCAGUGCAGUCACGCGCCAGUUUCGCUGUAGCACCAAGACCCGUAGCUCGUCCCAUCCCUGUAGCUCGCCCCAUCCCGGUAGCCGCUCCAUCCUUUGCAUACUCACCCAGCCAAUCCUACCUGCCACCCGGCAGUGCCCAAAUACCCGGACAUAUUUUCAACCCACAAAGCGGUUACAACUACAGACAAGUACGCAGACGAGUUUUCUAUCGCCGUCGCUACUAAACGGUGGCUAACUGGUGCCAAUCCAAAAUAUUGUUGACCAUUAACCAAGUUGCAGCACACUAAUCAAAUAGAGAGAGCGCAAAUCAACUAGCCUUUUCAACGAGGUACAACGGAUGCGCAAGGCAUUUCUAACGGCAUGCCUAUAUGACAUUUUUUAGUUAUUUAAAAUAUUAAUUCCUAAGUUUUGAUUUGAAAUGUGCAAUUUUUCGAUUGACCUGGUGAAAAAUCAAUUUAAGUCUAAUUCCGCCCAUUGCUGCAGCGCCAUACAAUUUUCGU